AUGCUCGACACAAUCACCUAUGGCACCUAUAUCUUCUUCGCAGCAUUCUGUCUUUUGGCGCUGGCUUUCACAUUCUUCUGCAUUCCAGAGACACGCGGGAAGACUCUUGAAGAUAUGGAUCUCAUCUUCGGUGACACAGCAGCCCAUGAGGAGAAGCAGCGCAUCGUCCAGAUCGAGGCGGAGCUCCGGGAAACUCAGGCCGGCGACCCUGACCUCGAGAAAAAGCCAUAUGCGCGGCAGGAAGAGGAUGUUUAG